GGAAGGGCGGUGGAGCAGGAGGAGGAGGAAAGAGGAGGAGCAGGGAGUGGAGGAUGGAGCCCCCGGCUGCCGCUGCGGGCUCACCGGAACCUGCAGUGGCGGCGUCCUCCUCGUUCCAGGCCCGGCUCUGGAAGAACUUGCAGCUAGGGGUGGUCAAGAGUAAGGGCGGCGGCAGCGGGCGUGCAGGGGGCCAGGAGCAACGCACUGCCGCCACCCCGUCGCCCUCCCCGCCACCCCCAGGGGGCAGGCGGGACGCACUGGCCGGCUUGGGUGGUACGGGCAGUAGGUGGAUUGGCUUCAAGAAACGGAAGCAAGUGUUGGACCGUGUCUUCUCCUCCUCCCAGCCCAACCUGUGCUCCUCCUCGUCAGAGCCCCUCGAGCCCGGCGGGCCCAGCAGAGGUGAGCAGGGCUCCACACUGCGCCGCAGGAUCCGCGAUCAUUUGCUCCCGGCGGGAAAGGCGCCCGCUGCCGCCGCUGGAGCAGGUGGAGUGACGCCUCCUGGCGGACUCUCCCCAGACUCUGCUCCUUCAUCCUCCGCAUCGUCUUCCCUGUCUUCCUCUCCCCAGCCACCCCCGAGGGGGGACCGUGCCCGAGAUGAGGGUGCAAGGCGCAGGGGCCCCGCGGCGCACCUGUGCCAUCAGAAGAGUUCCUCGCUGCCGGGCACCGCUAGCGUGGAGCAGCUGCUGCAGCCGCCUCCGCCUCCUGCGGAACCGGCACGGAGCCCGGCUGUGCCUCUGACCCUGGAGAAGGGCGAGGAGCUCGACAGCAGGCAGAAAAUAAAUACUUCUGGAACCAGUAAUGCAGAUGUCCCUCUGGCUGAUCCCGGAAUGUACCAAUUGGACAUUACAUUAAGAAGGGGUCAAAGUUUAGCUGCCCGAGAUCGAGGAGGGACAAGUGAUCCAUACGUGAAGUUUAAAAUUGGAGGAAAAGAAGUUUUUAGAAGUAAAAUAAUAUACAAGAACCUCAAUCCUGUGUGGGAGGAGAAAGCAAGCAUUCUUGUUGAUCAUCUCAGAGAGCCAUUAUAUGUGAAGGUUUUUGACUAUGAUUUUGGACUACAGGAUGAUUUCAUGGGUUCGGCCUUCCUGGAUCUCACACAGUUGGAGUUGAACAGGCCCAUAGAUGUGACUCUAACACUGAAAGAUCCCCACUACCCUGACCAUGAUCUCGGAAUCCUUUUUCUCUCAGUCAUCCUUACACCUAAAGAAGGAGAACACAGGGAUGUGACAAUGCUAAUGAGGAAGAGUUGGAAAAGAUCAAGUAAGGAACUCUCAAAAAAUGAAGUGGUUGGAUCUUAUUUCUCUAUGAAGUCUUUCUUUUGGAGGACGUGCGGCAGGCCUGCUUUCCCUGACCUGGGCUUCUGCAGAGCAGAGCUUCAGAGUGUUUAUUACCAAAAUGCACAAUUUCAGACCCAAAGUUUACGUCUGUCAGAUGCACACAGAAAAUCACAUCUUUGGCGAGGAAUAGUCAGCAUCACGUUGAUUGAGGGGCGAGAUCUCAAGGCAAUGGAUUCAAACGGGUUGAGUGACCCCUAUGUGAAGUUCCGGCUUGGGCAUCAGAAGUACAAGAGCAAGAUUAUGCCAAAAACUUUGAAUCCUCAGUGGAGAGAACAAUUUGAUUUUCAUCUCUAUGAAGAAAGAGGUGGAAUUAUUGAUAUCACUGCAUGGGACAAAGAUGCCGGAAAAAGAGAUGAUUUUAUUGGCAGGUGCCAGGUCGACCUGUCGGGCCUCAGUAGGGAACAGACGCACAAGCUGGAAUUGCAGCUGGAAGAGGGUGAGGGACACCUGGUGCUGCUGGUCACUUUGACAGCUUCGGCCACAGUCAGUAUCUCUGACCUCUCUGUCAACUCCCUGGAGGAUCAGAAAGAACGGGAGGAAAUAUUAAAGAGAUAUAGCCCAUUGAGGAUAUUUCACAACUUGAAAGAUGUGGGAUUUCUCCAGGUGAAAGUGAUCAGAGCAGAAGGAUUAAUGGCUGCUGAUGUGACAGGUAAAAGUGACCCAUUUUGUGUGGUUGAACUUAAUAAUGAUAGGCUGCUAACACAUACCGUCUACAAAAAUCUCAAUCCUGAGUGGAACAAAGUCUUCACAUUCAACAUUAAAGAUAUCCAUUCAGUUCUUGAAGUGACAGUUUAUGAUGAAGAUCGGGAUCGAAGUGCUGACUUUCUGGGCAGAGUUGCUAUACCAUUGCUGUCUAUUCAAAAUGGUGAACAGAAAGCCUACGUCUUGAAAAACAAGCAGCUGACAGGGCCAACAAAGGGGGUCAUCUAUCUUGAAAUAGAUGUGAUUUUUAAUGCUGUGAAAGCCAGCUUACGAACAUUAAUACCCAAAGAACAGAAGUACAUUGAAGAGGAAAACAGACUCUCUAAACAGCUGCUACUAAGAAACUUUAUCAGAACGAAGCGUUGUGUCAUGGUGCUUAUAAAUGCUGCAUACUACGUUAAUAGUUGCUUUGAUUGGGACUCACCCCCAAGGAGCCUUGCUGCUUUUGUGCUCUUUCUCUUUGUUGUCUGGAACUUUGAGCUCUACAUGAUACCACUGGUUUUGUUGUUACUAUUGACAUGGAACUACUUCUUGAUAAUAUCAGGAAAAGAUAACAGGCAACGUGAUACAGUAGUGGAGGACAUGCUAGAGGACGAGGAAGAAGAAGAUGACAGAGAUGACAAGGACAGUGAGAAAAAAGGGUUUAUAAAUAAAAUCUACGCCAUCCAGGAGGUAUGCAUCAGUGUCCAGAACAUCCUAGAUGAAGUGGCUUCCUUUGGUGAAAGGAUAAAGAAUACUUUCAACUGGACGGUCCCAUUCCUAAGCUGGCUGGCCAUUGUAGCCCUCUGUGUGUUCACAGUCAUCCUGUACUUCAUUCCACUGAGAUACAUCGUCCUUGUCUGGGGCAUCAAUAAAUUUACAAAAAAGCUUCGGUGUCCCUAUGCAAUUGACAACAAUGAACUUCUUGACUUCCUUUCCAGAGUCCCUUCAGAUGUACAAGUGGUGCAAUACCAAGAACUGAAACCAGAUCCUUCUCAUAGCCCAUGUAAAAGGAAGAAAAACAACCUUGGCUAGCUAGCUCCCAGCACUGAGAAGAUCAGCAUCUGUUUGGGAAGAUAAAAAGAAAAAGCCUUCAAGCCUCAGCAGCAUUUUCUUUCUUUCCACUUUUUAUUUAUUUUACUUCAAAAAAAAUAAUAAUAAUAAUCGAGAGAUUUUGUAAAUAGUGUAUAAAGGCAUAUGUCUUUGAAAAUAUACUUCCAUUGUACAGAAUCAAUUUGAUAAAGGUUUACUUACUACUGUGUGAAAGCCUUGUUAGCUGUGGCUAAUAAUAUAACACACUGGAACAACAAAUGUAAGAACGAUAACACUGGAAGAUACACACUUCUCUAAUUACAAGUGGAAGAACCAGAUUAAAUGCUUUGCUCUGAUUAAAUCUACAUAACAUGUAAAUGUCCAUUUGAUUUUAAAUGUGACUAUUUUUUAUCUGAGAAGUACAUUACAGUUUCCUAUGUUUUAUACAUUUCAAAAGGGAGUCCCACGAUGUGAAUAAUGGAACAGAUGCAUUUCAAUUUCACAUAAAUUCUGAUUUCAGAUCUUGAUGUUUAUUCCUGAGCAAAGUAUUUAAACAUGACUAAGCUGAUUUUAAGCUAAUGAGUGAAGGUAUAUUCACCCUCUCAAAAGAAACCUUCUACACUCUUAUAUCCUACAAAGAAAACUUACAAACCUUCUAUCAUUCCAUCUAAAACCUCUACAAGAUUAUACAUAAAUACUGCCAGGUUUAUAAAUAAUUGCCUAUCUGAAUUUUUAUACCUACCACUACUUUAAUUUGUACUAAGUUAGCAAAAGUUCAGUAGUCACACAUACUAGCAAACUAUAUCACAUUGCUUUUGGCGGCAGAUUAUACCUCUGUAUAUCUAAAAAUACUUGCUCAAGUGUUCUCGCACACACAAAAAAGUAUCUGUUUUCUCAUUAGGCUACUGAAAUCUUUAAUGUAUAUAAUUUUUAUUAGUGUGAAUUUUAAUGUAGAGGAGAAUGCAGUGUGCUAAGCGAUAUGCCAGUGUUUCAUUUCAUUCAUUUACAGAAAAAAUGAUGAUUCUUGAUAAUAUGAAUGCAUGAGCGCCUCUUUUGUAAAAUAAACUGCUUAUGGGGAGGGGGAGUUUGCUUUUAAAAAUGUUUCACUACUUACUAUAGAAUCUAUAUUUAACAAUUGCAUUCCCAAGACUCUUAUGGUAGUUUUUCUAUCUAACUUCCUGUUAUAUCAAGGGAGUGUACCUCUGGAAAGAAAUAAUUUGGUGAGAGUGUCUUACUUCCUCCGCCUUGGCAGGGGAUUAAGCCUGGUUGGAAUUUCUCCAGUGUUUUGCACUACUUUAUUAAUAAUAGACUAGUAUAGGGUGAAGGUGGGGGUUAUGGUGGAAAAUGUAGAAAAGCCAGAAGCAAGAAAUAAAUAUUUCACUUUAAAGAUUCUUUAAAAAUAAAUUUAAUCUCAUCAAAGCUGAUUUUUUAAAGUAUUUUUAUUUUAAAGCUAUGUUGUUAAAUACUAUUUCUUAUAAUAGAACUAUUUUGAUCUGUUUAUACACUGUGGUUGAAAGAAUGUCAAUUAAAUCCCUUUCUACAGAAAGGCUUUGACCUCAAUAUGCUCUGUUUAGUGCAUCAUGUUUGUAAAGACAUGCUUACAUCUGCAUACCAUCAUUGUUUGUUGCUGAGACAUAAUACUGAUGUUACUACAGAAACUUUAUUGAUAGGAAAUAACUUUUGAUUACAUCUUGUGUGAGAUUUACGUUUCACGCUGACAGUGUCUACCCAAAUGUCUACAAGCCUGAUACUCUAUAACCUUAGAUGUACCCAAUGGAUAGUAACCAUUAACAGAUGACUAAUUUCUGUUUCGUUCUAUGAAAUUUCAGAUGUUUAGUUCAAUGGCAAUGUUAACUAUACAUUCAAUGCAUUAAAUACAAAAAAAAAAAUCUUUUCUAAGU